AUGAUCGAGGAGCGCGGCCGGCAGGAGGUCCCCGACACUCCCUACCUCUCCCGAGAGGACCGCCAGCUGCUUGAGCUGGGCAAAGCAGAGCACCGCGAGACGACAGCGACGGCCCGCCGGGCACUCAGCGUGGCGGAGAAGACCAACGAUGUCGCACGCAACACGCUUGCGGAGAUGCACCGCCAGGGGCAGCAGCUGGAGCGGGCAGACUUGGGAAUGCAGCAGGUGAAAGAAGAGGUGAAGGAGGCGUCCGCCAUUUUGAGCUUCAUGCGCCGAUGGUGCUGCUUCCAAUGCUGCUGCUGCUAUGACCCCACAGCCGACCACGACCGCACCCGACACUCGCGUGUGGCUGCUGCGCGGCGGGACCUGGCAUACCAGCAGGACAACGUGGGGCUGCAGUAUGCAGCCAAGCAGGAGGCAAUUGGACGAAAAGCGCGGCAGCACGACCCCGCUUAUGGCAAUAAUGAGCCAGCCGCACGGCACGAGCUGUUUGCACAGGCGGGCGCCAUCCGGGCCGCCCGGCAGGGCCCGCCAACGACUGACAUUGGGUUCGGACUGCCAGCUGCUGACCGACACGAGAUACAGCAGGAGACGGAGCAGCAGGACAAGCUGAUACAGCGCAUUGAAAAUGCUGUGGAGUCGCUGCACACGCUGAGCACGGAGAUGCACGGGGAGAUGACAGAGCAGCAGCCGCGCAUCGACCGCCUGCAGGACCGCACUGCAAGGGCACAUGAUGAGCUCGGCACGAUGAUGCGCGAAGCACAGAGGUUAUGA